AUGGCGAAUCUUUUGGCCCUUCUGGUGAUCACUCUGGCUUGCGUAAUUGUCCAUGCCCAGCAACCAUCCAAUCGGAAACCCGUUUUCGGACAAACGUUUGACGAAAUCGUAGUCUCGUCGGAUUUAAACGUCAGAAGGAAGUCCAAAGAGAACCGUCAAGGGAAAAGAUUGACAAACAUACCUUCCGCUACCACCGGUCCACCUGAGAAAUCAACUGUAAUCGCGUCCAAGUUCGUUUCGAGCGAUGGCACUCGGAUCACUUCGGACAAAAAACAGGAGAAACGCGAACUAUCAGCAAUUCCGAAAAGGUAUCUGGACAUGGGCAUCGCGAGAUAUUUGCUAAAAUCUCGGAAACGAUGAAAAUUCCACUCCGAGGACAACCGCACGAUUCUCACACAGCCAUUCCGACCAUACUCUUUCGGCGUACUUUCGAACC